AUACAACAACAACAAGAAUCACGACGCGUCGAUGUGAUACUACUUUCAUCAAAAACAUCCUUCCUACUAACCGAAGUCAAUCGCAAUGAACGAUCAAUCGCCCCCUAAACGUGUCACACGCGCCAGAGCGGCUGCGAAAACCUCUGAUGCUGGCGUCAAGAUCGCGACUGCCGCCUCCAAGGCAAAGCUUACCCAGGCUGCCUCGACAAACAAGCGCAAGACCAGAGCUCAAGAUGAACAAGAGGAGGACGAACUAGCCGAUAUGCCCAGAACAAUCGAACCAGAACCCACACGAGCGACCCGCGGGAGGGUCAAGAAGGCCCCAGAACCCGCAAUGAACGAACCUGCACCGGUUGCUCCGAAGUCAACAAGAGGACGGCCCAAGAAGGCUGCCACAGAAAUGCCUGCGCCGCCAGCCGAACCUACAAGAUCGUUGCGUGGUCGAGCGACAAAGAUUGAGGUCACUGACGAGACCCCAAUCGCCGAGGCACCAAAAAGAGCCGUACGAACUCGCGCCGCGACAAUCACCAAAGCACCACCCAAGAAGAGCGUCAAGUUUGAGGAACCCGAUAAAGAGAAUGUUCUUCCAGUUGCUGCAGGCGCAAAAGGCAAGGGAAAAGCUGCCGAAGCUUCAACAGGACUUCGAGCCAAGCCGGUUCGAAAGCCUGCUGCUGCCGCUCGAGCUACCCGUGGCCGUGGAAAGGCUACCACAGAUGAAAAAGAGGAAAAAGAAGAAAAGUCUUCUCCACUCAGCCCAAAGAAAGCCACGCAAGUUGGAGCAACGAAGGGACACGCUUCAGAUGAUGAGCUUGCAAUUGCGGAAAAGACUCCGAUGCAACCACUCAUGAAGAGUCCUGUCAAACCACCAGGAAGUAUUUUCAACACAGCCAAGAAACUGGACUUCUCCAAUUCCAUGUCCGCCCACAGGGCUGUUAGCGAUGUGACACAGGAUCUGGGAACAGCGGUUAUGGGUAGUCCAGCACGUCGUCCCCCUCAAUCGCCAUUCAAAGACGCGAUCAAGGCAGCACCUGUAAAGAUCACUCUUGGAGACUCCGUCCUCAAGUCACCCUUCAAGCUAUCACUUCCACCACCCACAACUACUACAGACGCCAAACCAAAUCUCAAAGCAUCCCUACUGCACUCCCCAGCAAGACGACCACAGUCUCCAAUGAAAGUUUCUGAAAAUGGUUCUCCUAGCAGGUCGACCAGUUCCAAAACUCUUUUUGCUUCAACUCCCAAAGUAAGCACCUUGAAGAUGUCAAAGUUCACGACGCCUAGGACUAUCAACAAGAGUGUUCCACCACCAAGUGCGAUGGUACCUGCCAGUAUUGCAAAGCCGCAUGCAGAAGACAUUCCAGAAACUGACGAGAAUUCCGAGCUUUUCAAGUCGCCUGCUCAAUUAAACCUUGAGUUCUCUGGCCGACUCUCUUCCAUUGUGCCUCGAGAUGUUGACCCAGAUGCUGUUUUACCGGAGGGAUUGACGGGUGCGGCAACAGUGCCAAUCGCUGAGCUCGAACCUGUCGACGACACAGUAGUACAUGGAUCUGCCGAAGUACUUAAGGUUGAGGAAUCUGCUGAGCAGCUCGUUUCUGAAGAGGUUCCUGCACUUGGAAGUACAACACCUUCAGCUUCUCCAUCAGGAUACAGCACCGGUACAUAUGUUCCUCGUGAAGAGGAUGAAAAUCCUUUCGAGGAUACCGACUCAGAAGAUGAGCUCGCUUCAGACUCUUCCCAAUAUGCAGUUGGUCCAUUUUCCGGAUUCAGAAGUGCAUCUCAUGAUUUUGAAUCAUACCCGUCUACACCCUUUACUGCAAUUGCCAAGACCCCUAGGACUGCAAAGACUAUUCGUCAUUCGUCAGAAAAGACACCAUCCCGCGCAGACAAGCUUGGAUUUACUCCGUUGGCUCAGCAAUUGAGCGACUGGAUGGCUGCUAGCCCAGCGAAAGCAGAAGAGGAGAAGGCAGAUCAAGCAACCCCCACAAACAUCAAGAAGAAUGCCGGAGUUGAGUCCAUCGCUGUCACAGCACAACAUUCCCCCGCGAAGAGUACUUACUUUGAUGACGAGAUGUCUGUUCGUGAGGAGCUAGCCUCAGAGCCUGAACCAGCGGAAUUGGAGCCCGAUAUUCUUGAAGGCAAUUUCAGCGCCCCGGAACUUGACGACGAGGACUUGGAUUUAGCCUAUGAAGCUGAUGAGAUGUCCCUUCUUGAACCUGAACAAAUAGAGGCGCUAGAGGCUGCAGCAGAAGAGCAAGAGGAGAUUGAAGCAGCACUUUCAGAAGCUAGUCAGGAGUACGGCAACGAAAACGAUACGCCCAUUGAUCCAGCAUUGUUGUCGCUUCCCCCACCAGCUCCAACAUUCUUCGCAACACCCAAACGUGUUUUGUCUGAAAGAGUCUGCCACACAGUCUCUAAGGUUCCUCUCAAGCCUGCAGCAGAUGACACCCCAAUUCGCCCUUCGCCGAAGAAGCGCAGUGCAAGCAUCUCCCGCCUUCCAGUCCAAAGACCUUCUGGCGAUCUCAAGCGUAACAAUACUGUGAUAUCCUAUUCGCCGUCUAAAGCUACAGCUACUCCACGUGCCCGCCCUCAAAAAAAAGCCGAUGAUUUCGAGAUGCAAGAUGCAUGCACCACUCCUACUAAGGAAGACACUGCAAUGUGGUCAACACUCGGAACGCCACCACGUACUCCCCGUCGCGAUGUCAAUACUGCUCUCUUGAAAGGGGCAGUAGUAUUUGUGGAUGUCCAUACUACCGAAGGAGCCGAUGCCAGUGUUCUUUUCAAUGAGCUUUUGUCUCAAAUGGGUGCCAGAUGUGUAAAGUCUUGGAACUGGAACGGAAGUGCUGAAGAUGGAAGUAAGGUUGGCAUCACUCAUGUAGUCUUCAAGGACGGUGGAAGGAGGACUCUUGAAAGAGUAAGGGAGACUGGUGGAGUUGUGGCCUGUGUUGGUGUUGGAUGGGUCUUGGAGUAAGUUUUAUCAUAUCUUUGGAAGCUUUGAGAUGUAGGCUGACAUGAUUACAGUUGCGAACGUGAAAACAAGUGGGUAGAUGAGGCACCUUAUGCCGUUGAUACAAGUCUUGUUCCCCGAGGGGGUCAUCGAAGACGAAAAAGUAUGGAGCCACGCGCGUUAGCCAACCUCAACGGUACUCUUGUUCCCUCGGCUACAUCAUCUCGUGCUUCCAACAUGUCUCCAACGAAGGAAUUCCUGAACUUGGAGACCCCAUACAUAGCGAAAUCUAAGCGUCGUGAAUCCAUUCAGUGGGUCCAAUCGCCAGCGUCAGGUGAAAAUGAUGAGUUGGCUGAUGAGACUCUUAUGCUCUCUCCAAUUCCAGCGACACCAGCGCCUGAGAUGUUUUCUUCAUAUGGAGAGGAUGGACUUUACGGAGAUGAAACCCCUGCCGGCCAAACUCCUUACUUUUUGCACAACCAAAACCUUGUUCAGAAGACAGCCCCUCCUGCUAAAGGUAAGCAAUUCAGCAUCGGUGGCGUGGAAGAAAACGAAAACCACUCGGGAGUUAGCAGUGCGUUCUUGAGUGAGAAAAAAGACCCAAGUGUCAUGAUGAGGUUAAUGGCUGCUCGGAGAAAGAGUCUUCAAUGGGCUCCAAAAGUUGGAAGUCCGCUUGCACGAGGCAAUGAGUGGUAAAGAUUAUGCUAGCAUUUUAUGUUAUUGGAGUAUGGUUUGUAAGUGUAUUGGAUGUAUCCUUUCAGCAAGCCGGGUCAUUUGGAGAGGGAGGCUGGCGUUUUUGACCUGGGCGAACUUGGACAUUCGUCGGUCGUUGAUUAUUUGCUUGGUUGUUAAAGUUAAAUUGAACAUUUC